GACGGCGACGGCUUCAACGCAUUUGCCUCCGUUUCGAAGACUCCGACUGCAUCCAGCCAUGGCAGCACGCAUCCCUCGAAUAGCCCGUCUCACCCUUUACUCAGGCCCCAAUUGCUCAUUGUGUGAUAUUGCCAAAGCAGAAUUGGCCAAAGCCAGGCAAUCACAUCAAUUCAUUUUAGACAUAGUCAACAUCCAAGACAAGGGCCAGGAAAAAGAUCGCCAAAGGACGCUGGGAGGCACCAAUCGUAGUGGAAGCCCUGAAGAAGUGGGAGUUGGCCCAGGGAGCUGCGGAACAGGACCAUCACUAGACAGUUCCCAUUCUGAGGACUCCACCGGAGAUACACCGUCUUUCUUCGUUGAUACAACUGGCAUCAGUAGCAAUGUAUCACCUUGGGAGUUACCUCCGGUGCAACACUCUUUAUACGAAAGAUAUACUGCAAUAAUACUUGGUGAAACUCAAGUCGAUGGUGCUGAAAGUCGUUAUUCCGAACUCUCUGUACGCCGUUGCUUUAAUUGCGGCUCGCCUGAUCAUGCCGUCUCCUCUUGCCCUUCCCCAAUCGACCGUCAGCUCGUUUCCCUUACUCGCCAACUGUUCAACUUUUUAAAAAGCGGGAAUGAUGGCGAACAGAUGCCGGAGCGGUUCUACUCCGUCGAAGCCUGGAGACAACAGAGAUUGCAAUGGCUAGAUAUAUUUUCACCAGGACAACUGGUUGACC